AUGGCACUCUUCCAGGCCGCCGCUGCCUUUCAAGAUACUUUCCAGGCCGCUCUCCAAGUCGUGGAAGAUCUCCAGACAGAGAUUCUGGUGUUCAUAAUCGCGCUCGUCGCGCACACACUCGUGUUCGGCAAGCACCGCGUGCGCAAGCCGAAGCGCACCCUGAACCUCAAGCAUGGCAAGGCCCUUCAGGAGCGCCCUGGCCCGGAGGGCGCACCGAGGGCGGGCCUCAAGGCCUCGCUGGCCGAGCUGAGCGCCGCGAUCGACGCCUCCGACCUCGACGGCGCCCUGCGCACCCUGAAGAGCGUCGCCGCGCCCUGGAAGGCCUGCCUGGGGCCCGCGACGCCCUCGGGAGCCCCGCGGCACGUGCUGCGGCAGCUGUUGCGCCUCGCGGCCGAGCAGUCUAGGGCGCCCAUGCUGGUGGACGAGCUGGCCGGUUGCGGCCUGCUGAUCCCCUGGACGGCCGAGGUGCUCCUCGAGGAGGCCGACAGGCUGUGCUGCCGCCAGGCAGGCGACGCCGUGCGCGAGCGCGUGCGGGCCAGCGGCGUGCAGCUGAGCCCCGCGGCCCUCGCCGCGCUGGUGCGCGGCGCGCGCACGGGCGCGGAGGCGGGCGAGGCGCUGGCGGGCGCGGUGCGGCAGCGCGCGGCCUCCGAGGACGUCGUCGCCGCGGCGGCCCAGGCCGCGGCGGCGCACGGCGAUGCCGCGCUCGCUGGCGACGCCUUCGCCCAGCUGCCGGCGCGCCCGAGCGCGGAGCUGGGGGCGGCCGCCGUGCUCCUGAUCGCCAGGGGGCUCGUGGAGGGCCAGGGCGUGCUGCGCUUCUUCGAGGAGCGGCUUGCGGGCGUCGACGUCCUGUGCGAGCCCGAGGCGGCCAGGUGCAUCGCCGAGGCGGCGAUCCGUGCCAGGCGCGGGGAUCUGCUGAGGGAGCUGAUGGCCGCGUCCACGGGCCCGCACCAGGUGAGCUUUCUCAGGCGCCUCGGCUCCGCGGGGCAGCUCCGGGCGGCCGAGGCGCUGUUCCGGGCCUGCCCGCAGAAGACCGCGUGCCUCCACAACGCCCUCCUCGACCUGUACGUGGAGGCCCGCGAGACGGCCGCCGCGGAGCGCUUGGUGGCGCAGGCCACCCAGGCGGGGCUGGCGGACGCCGUCACUUUCAGCAAGAUGAUCAAGGUCCACCUUGGCAAGGGCGACGUACGGCGCGCGCGCACCCUUCUCGAGGACAUGCGCACCGUCGGGCUCACCCCCACCUGCGCCACCUUCAACGAGAUCAUCGAGGCGGCCAUCAAGAGCGACCCUCAGGCCGUCUGGCCCCUGGUCGACGAGAUGCAGGCAUGCGGGCUGAGCCCGAACCAGGCGACGUGCUCCAUCCUGCUGAAGAACGUACAGCGCGGCUCCUCCGCGCUGGACGUGUCGCGCGCGCUCGCCGCUCUGGAUUCGGUGGGCGAGGGGAUGGACGAGGUGCUGUUGAGCGCCGUGUGCGAGGCGUGCAUCCGCUCAGGCCAGCAGGACCUGCUGCGGCAGCAGCUGCAGCGCCGGCGUGGGGAGGGCGCGGUCGUGGUGCGGGGAGCCCACACGUUCGGCAGCAUCAUCCGGGCCUACGGCUUCGUGGGGGACCUGGAGGGUGUCUGGGCCACCUGGAACGACAUGCGCAGGCGCCACGUCUUGCCGACGAGCAUCACCCUGGGGUGCAUGGUCGAGGCGUUGGUCGGAAACGACGGCCCCGAGGCCGGCUACAGGAUGGUAGAAGAGAUGCAGCGGAGCGCCUCGACGAGACCGCUCGUGAACGCAGUGAUCUACUGCUCUGUCAUCAAGGGUUUCGCCCACCGCAAGCAGUUCGACCGAGUUUGGGAGAUGUACAGUGAGAUGCAGACGGACAUGAAGGCCCUGCAGUUCUCUUCGGCCACGUACAACCUGCUGAUCGACGCCUGCGCGCGCAGCUGCAACAUGGCCCGCGUGCCCGCCCUGCUGCAGGAGAUGUCGCAGCAGCGAAUUGAGCCGAACCUCAUCACCUUCAGCACCAUUGUGAAGGGGUACUGCCAGGAGAACGACCUCGACAAGGCGUUCGACCUGCUCGGCGAGAUGAAAGACGGGAGGCAGCUCAAGCCAGACGAGAUCACAUACAACACUUUGUUGGAUGGUUGCGCUCGCCACGGCCUCUAUGAGCGCGGCAUCGCUUUGUUCAAGGACAUGCAAGACUCCGGCGUGUCGCCAAGCAAUUUCACCCUUUCGGUCCUUGUGAAGCUUGCCAACCGUAGCCACCAGCUGGACAAGGCGUUCGAAUUGUGCGCCGACGUCUCCAAGAGGUACCGUUUCAGGCUGAACGUGCACGUGUACAACAACCUUAUCAACGCCUGCGUCCAGAACCGUGACGUCGAGCGCGCCCUGGGCGUCUUCGAGAAGCUCCUGGAGGAGCGGGUCCGCCCCGACGCCCGCACCUACACGCUGCUGCUGCGCGCCCUCGUGGCCGAGGACGACGCCGGCGGCGCUGCGGGCAUGCUCCGCGCCGCCUACGGCCUGGCAGGACCGCACCCGGCGGCGAGGAGGGCCGAGCGGCACCUGCUGCAGGUGCGGGGGGGCCUGCCCCCGGACGUCGUCGGCCAGGCGCUCGAGGCCAUCGCCCGCCUCGAGGCCGAGAGGGCGCCGGUGGCGCAGCUCGUCGGGGAGCUGCGGCGCCUGCCGGGGGUGCGGCUGGACCCGCGCCUGGUGCUGCGGCUCACGUCGCAGGGGGCGCGGUGA